UUUCUGCUGUGGAUCUGGUUAGGUUGGAUCCCAAAUCACUCCCUUUUGGAGAUCUAGUGUUUUACAGCGAAUUUGUGUCAUAGCCUAUAGAGUGAGCCUAUCUAGGGAUUAGGGAAGGCAUUUGGGACAACACCACAAGCUCAGUCUAAUGCAGCUUGACUCUUUGGUGUCAAAGUCACAGAGCGCUAUUAUGGAUCCGUUUGGAAAAUGGAGAUAAUUUCCAGUGUUGUAAAUAAGGUUUUUCAGUUCACCAGGCUUUCUAGCGAAAAUAAUGUUAGAAGGUCUAAAAAAAUGGAGGAGAAGGCUUUAGAAGUGUAUGAUGUUAUUCGCACCAUUCGAGAUCCAGAGAAGCCCAACACUCUGGAGGAGCUGGACGUGGUGACUGAAAAAUGUGUGGAAGUUCAAGACUUAGGGGACGACGAGUACCUCAUCAUUAUCAGGUUCUCCCCUACAGUGCCACACUGUUCUCUGGCCACACUGAUAGGUCUUUGCUUACAAGUGAAACUACAGCGAUGUCUUCCUUUCAAGCACAAGUUGGAAAUUUACAUCACAGAGGGAACACAUUCAACCGAAGAAGACAUUAACAAACAGAUCAAUGAUAAGGAGCGGGUAGCAGCGGCAAUGGAGAACCCUAACCUGCGGGAAAUAGUGGAGCAAUGUGUUACUGAGUCUGAUGACUAAAGCGUCAUCUCACUCAAUGUCCCAUACACCAUUUUGUUUAAAAUUCAUGACCUGAUACCAGGUGAAACUUCUCUAUAGUUUUAGAUAUGUACAGAAUUAUAACAAAUGUGCUGACUGGUAGUAAUCUGCUCUGUUGACUUUCUUUCUUCUGCAAACAUCAGACAAGGCAAGACUCUGAUCAAUAACUGAGCAAUAAUCUUUGUAUUGUAGUGAUAAUCUUCAGAGAGUUAUUUAGAUAGCCAGGCUAGGCAGAAAAAUAACAAACAUUUUACAGCAGACUGAACCAUGACUUGCCCCAAUAGUGUUAAGACUGUAGUCAGGGUUGGGGAUAAAUCUAUACUUUUUGAAUUCUAAUUAAUUUACUUGUCUGUUUUACUAUCAUUCUUUUUGUUUUUGUCUUUUUUUUUAAAUUAAAUUUCAUGAAACUACAUAGUGGAAAUAUCAUAAAAUUUGAGUCUCAGCAAUAUAUAUAUAUAUAUAUAAAGUACAGGAUGGAAAAUUGAGGUAUACUUAAUGCAUUCUAUCUUGUUAUCAGAUGACUGUCAAAGUAAACAUCACAACCUGACAGUUAUCAUCCUUGAGCAUCAUCAGCCUUUAUUAUACCAUGAGCAUUGAAAUUCCCCAACCAUAAUUUUAUACAGCUUGCUAUUACUUUGUGUACAACUCUGACAGAAAUUUCCUGUUAUUCAUGUCUUGGAUCAGCUCUCAUCUUUGAUUGCGUUCUCUUCUAAUUCUGUUUUUAUUAUCAGAUCAACUUCCUUAUUGAAGGCUGUUCAGCCUGUUUUAUAUAAUGUGUAAAUACAUUUCUUAUAGUAACAAGUUUAAAGGGAUUAAAGAAUAAAAGCAUAUAACAGCU